UUCACAGAUGAUGACACUUCGUCCCUCGAUAUCCCUGUUCCACGGAAACCCAGAAGCUCCCCCAAAUUAAGGAAAAAGCCCCCGAAAGAGAAGGCAGUGAAAAUCAAGUCCCUGAGCAAGAGGCUGCAGAAGGUCCUGCAGGAGAGCAAUAACCUGAAGAAGGGGUGCUGGCCACGGCCCCCUGUCAACUACUGCAUCCUCAUCGCCAUGGCCCUCAACAACAGCCGGAGCGGCAGCCUCAACGUGCAGCAGAUCUACAACUUCACACGAGAGCACUUUCCCUUCUUCCGCACGGCUCCAGACGGUUGGAAGAACACGAUCCGACACAACCUGUGCUUCAGCAACAGCUUUGAGAAGACGCCGCAGCUGGUGUGCAGCCAGGGCAAGCGCAAGUCCUGCCUGUGGAGGCUCACCAUGGAUGGGCGCCGCCGGCUGCGCAGAGAGAUCCAGGGGCUCUCUGGCGACUCAUUCAAGGUGCUGCGCAUGAGCAUGAUGGAGCCAG